AUGAGCGAAGACUUGAGGGAAAAACUGUUUCCCUUGGACGAGAAAACAUCUCUGGCUGAUUCUAAUGAAGGUGAAAUCAAUCUUCCUGGUUUUAAAGUCAAGUCACAAGCUGUUUGGUCUAUGAAAGAAUUGUGGUCAUGGCCAGCUUUUCAAAUAGCAGGAUCUGUAUUUGCAUCAUUGACUCUAGUGGAGACGGUUUUAUUGCAUGUAAAAAGGGUCGAACUACCACUGGUUGUAAUCGCAAUUGGCUUCACAGUCCUUGCAUUGGAGCUCCUUUUGAUUGCUUUAACUAUAGCUCUCGAUCUCAAGCGUGAGAAUGUUGCUAAAAAACAUCGAGGCGAGCUUUGUCGCCUUGUAAUGUUACACCAGCCGGGCUUUACAUUGUCCAGCUGGGAUAUCAUUGCCGUCUCUAUGAACGCCUACCUGAAAAGAGAAGGGCUAUGGCACACCGCUACAUGCUUUGGGAGUGGAUUUGCACUGUACACUAGCUACAGACAAAAGGUUUACUUGCCUUUGAAAGCGGGAAAGUUCGAUGACGACGCAGACGUGGCUUUGCUUUUAGACGCCGCUGCGUCCUACGAACAAUCCGUGCGUAUCCCACAGAUCUCCAGCGAAAAAACUGAGGCCUCAAAUGCUGCUCUUCAAGAACAAAAACUACCUGUUGAAGUUUACAGGUCUAAAAUCUCUUGGGCGUUGGCAUUCUUGGCAAAACAAUUUUUAUUUGGCUGCUUCGGCGCGGUUAUAUAUUCCUUCGGUUAUAGAGGCUACACGAGGCUGUUGUUGAUCGUGAUGCAACUGCCACCGGUCCUUAUUCGUUGGUUCACGAGAGGCAAGUGCCUCACCGUAACACAGGUCGGUCAGCUUUUAAAGACAGUGGAAGAUCUUGAACCUUGGGAGGACAACUCAAACUGGGACGACGUUGCAAAAUCAUUAAACCAGUUAAUGGGAUUUAACAAAAACACUUAUUUUUCGGCAGGUUUCUUUUACGAUGGGGACGACUGCCGUCAUAUCUUUGAGUCCAAGCUUUCGUCCAUCACUUCAAGUUCUAAACACGACAUGCCCGAGUUUGUUGCUCUUGCAACUGAGCUGCAAGCGGCAUGUGGCUUGGAUGUCGCGGGGUGCGUUUAA